GUUCAACAACAACAACACAGGCGCACACUUGUGGAUCUGACGCGCUGCAUGCACACGGGGGGAAAAUAAGAUAGAAACAGUUUGAGCUUCGUGCAUUUUUUUUUUUUUUUAAACGCAUCUCUUUCUGGAGCUGCUAUGCUUCACGUUGUUGCAAAAAACCUGAACUGGCUGCUUGUGCUGUGCGCGCCGGUGACGAUUCCGCUGACGCGCCACUAGCCGCACCACCCAGGAGGAGACGGAGAGGAGAGGAGAGCUGUGUGUGAGAGGACUGACUGACUGACUGGAAACCGGUUUCUCUUUCUCUUUCUCCAUUCUUGACGAACGUGUGAAGCCUUGCUUUUGGUGCAAGAACCCGUGGACGAUAUUUUAUAACGCUAUUUAACCAGUUAACAUCAUCAUCCACCAGGCUCUUCUUCUUCUUCUUCUUCUUCUUCUUCUCCCUGCAGAGAGAUGGAGGUACCGGGUUUGGCGCACAACCUCACCAGUCCAUUAAGUCCCUGCGAGGGGAUGAUCAAGGACCUGAGCUUAGACGCCAUCCAGUUAUGCGAGCGAGAUGGAAAUAAAUCCCAGGACGGCAGCAUCUCCGAGCUGGAGGAGCUCCCUGUUCCUCAGAACAUCAAGAUCAGCAACAUCACCUGCGACUCCUUCAAGAUCUGCUGGGACAUGGAGCCGCGCAGCAAGGAGCGCAUCACACACUACUUCAUUGACCUGAACAAGAAGGAGAACAAAAACUCAAACAAGUUCAAACACAAGGAUGUUCCUACAAAGCUGGUAGCCAAAGCAGUGCCCCUGCCCAUGACGGUUCGGGGCCACUGGUUCCUGAGCCCGCGCACAGAGUACACCGUGGCCGUCCAGACCGCGUCAAAACAGCCCGACGGGGACUACGCCAUCUCCGAGUGGAGCGAGAUCAUCGAGUUCUGCACCGCUGAUUAUUCCACAGUGCAUCUAAACCAGCUUAUGGAAAAGGCAGAGGUCAUCGCCGGCCGGAUGCUGCGUUUCUCCGUCUUCUACAGGAACCAGAAUAAGGAGUACUUUGACCACGCCAGGGAGGCGCAGGAGAACCGGAUGCUGCAGUCAGUGAAAGACAACAGCGGCAGCCACGGCUCGCCCAUCAGUGGCAAGCUGGAGGGCCUCUUCUUCAGCUGCAACACGGAGUUCAACACAGGUAAGCCUCCGCAGGACUCCCCGUACGGCCGCCACCGCUUCGAGGUCCCGGCCGACACGCUCUUCAACCAAGACACCAACCUGUACUUUGGAGACUUCUACUGCAUGUACACGGCCUACCACUUCGUCAUCGUGGUCCUGGCGCCGAAGGGCUCUGCGGGAGACGAGUUCUGUAAGCAGAGGCUUCCCGCGCUAGACAUCACCGACAACCGCUUCCUCACCUGCAAGCAGGACGAAGAGGGAGGCAGCCUGACGUUUCACCACGCCCAGGACGUCAUCCUGGAGGUGAUCUACACAGAGCCCGUGGACCUGGCGUUAGGCACGGUGGCUGAGAUCAGCGGGCACCAGCUGGGGAGUAUGUCCACAGUAAACGCCAAGAAGGACCCCAGCUGCAAGACCUGCAACAUCAGUGUGGGACGCUAAGAAAACACAGAAGAAUGUAGAAGGAGGACUAGAGGUGACUGACCUCUGAAACACACACAGGUACAAUCCACAUGUACUGAUGAAGCAGACCAACACAUGCAUGAAGCAGCAGAUUUAGUAGGUUUCCCUCGACAUGCACACCAACGUAUCUGACACCGCUCUGUACUCUGAAGAGACCAUCAUUCCCAAAGAAGAGUGGAGAGAAAAAAGAGGAAGGUAAACUCUGACACCUGCACUGUUGUUCUCCUCGUCUGAAAAGGGUUACCCUAAAUGUUGAAAACAUACAUAAAGAUAUCCCACUUAAGGGACCACCAACAACACCGAUCCAUCCAUCCUGCUAGUCGACAACACUGGCGUACUGACUUAAACCCUUUAACUGUACUAACAAACAUGGGCUGCUUCAAUUUCCCAUUGAUUACUUUAAACACUUGUCCCAUAUUUUGUUAAUGACCUUUGCCUUGUUAUUAUUGAUAUGCUGAUGACUGUCCACUGUCUGUGUGGACAAGCAUUUUCUUGGUUCCAAUUACUUUGUCGUUUUAGAAAUGUUUUCUUCUCGUUCCACAGUAGACUAUUUCAGACUUCUUCUUUUUUUUUUUUUUUUUACCUACUACUAGUGGCACAGAUUGGUACUACAAUAUUCUAGGGCUGCAGCAUCUACGGACAUCUUUCUUUAUACCAAAGGUAUGAAAAACCAGACGUGAAACCGCUGUGAAAUCUUAACACUACUAAUGCAACAGCCUCUAAGAUGUGUAUUCACUAAGUCUUUGAUGACCAAAUGUUUGUUAACCUUUAAAAAAAAAAAAAAAAAAAAAAAGCAUGAUGCAGCUCUGUGCAGCAUGAGUUUUUCAGCAGAGUAUGAAAGCUGUCAGUACCUCUACCAUAGCAACCUUUUUCUGCAACAGUCGCUCUUAUUUUAUUGUAGUCUGUGGAAAGAAAGAAAGUAGAACCAUAAACUGUGUUUAGCAGAAUAAAUGUGAAAAAAUAUUUAUUUUUAUUGAUACAUUCAUAUAUAAUCUAUAUAUAUAUAUAUAUAGAAAGUUAUAUAAACCAGAAGUGCACAAUGUCAAAAGCUCUGAUCAUUAACAACAACUGCAUUUAGGGGGAAUUAACUACUAUACAGACAAACUGGGGGGGAUAAACACUAAUUUGACAGCAGAUAGAACUUGCACUACAACGCCAACGUUCACGUAUUUUCCAAGGUGAACAUGUAAAUUGGUCACAAUUUAUAUCAACUAUGAAAUUCUUAAUGCAUAUCAUAGCACAAUGUAGGACUAAAAAAACAACUGACAUGCACAAACACGACAGGAUUGUCUCAUUGAUUGCAUUUAAGCUUACACCUUUUUUUGCCAAGAUAGCACUUUUUUUUUUUUAAAUGCAGUUUCCACAUAUACAUUUCCAAAAAUAGUAUUUUAGCGAGGGAAAAAAAGCAAGUAACAAUGUGCCAUAAUAAACAUACAGUAAUCUUAAAAUUACUAAUAUGUAACUAACAUCAAAUUGUUACAGCUCGUCAUCCUUGACAUAAGUUAGUGCUACAUAAAAUACACUUGCUACAUGAGGUUGUAAUAAGAUGCGUCAUAAAUGACAACGGAUGUGUUUUUGGGACUAAAAAAAAAAACUGCAGUUGUGCAGCAUUUCAUUAAGAUUGUCACCAAUUUCCAUCAGUUUUUAGUCAUGUACAGUAAAGUGCAUCAACAUAAUGAGCAUGGCAUGAAACAAGACCAGACCCACCGUCUUCACAACCUGAUUUUUUUUUCCAGAAAUGAUCGAACUGUUAAGAUAAAAGUCCCACUGUGAGUUCACUCAACUGGUCUUGGUUGAGUGCUGUUGUUUACUGAGCAGGGCCUCCAGUAGACGGAGCUUCGCUUUGAGGUUCUUAUACUGGCAGUACUCCUCCGCCAUCGGCCCGCGGUCCUCCUUCUGACAAACCCUGUUAAUACACGGAGGGAAAAAAAGAGAUGCAAACAAAACUUCAGUAGUUUCAAAGAACCUGCAGCAGCUUCCAUAACUGGUUGAUAGUCCCUAUGUUGCCUUACUCAGAUAGCUUUGUACAGAGUGUAAUGUAAUCAAAAAACUUACUGUAUUUACUUUGAAGGACUAACAUGUACAGAACAAAAGGAUGUGUACAGUUCAGAGCAAAACGUCCAUCUCUUCGUCUCUUUCCUGAGCUCUCUGUGCUGUAUUAACGUUAAGUGAGUGUGUAUUACACUGUCGUACCAUUACGAUGGGAUUUCUUUUGUGGAUGUUUUUUUUUUUGUUUUUCACAAGGCAUUGUUGAAAACCAAAUGUUCCAAGUUUAUUAAAAGACAAAAUAAAAUUCAAAAGCCAA